UAACAAUAUGGCAGACGAGCUGUCAGUAAUGCUCUUUUGGUUUGCAGAUUAUUCAAGUUUCUACUCCGUUCUAACUGUAGUCGUAUGUUUCAUUGUUAUGGUCGUGUUCAUUUUAAGAUUGAACAACGAAAAUAUUUUCAUGAAUCUUAAUUCAACAUCAGUGCAACAAGUCAACCUUGCAGUUGAAAGAUGUGUUACUGACAUGGUAAACCCAUUUUCUGUGAAAAUUUGGCCAGGUGAAUUGAGCAGCCUCAAAGAUGGACUUCACAUCCAACUUUCUUUACUGAAGAAAUGUAUUUUACAAGUGUAUUGGGGGAUAGACCUAGAGGAGUUCCACAAGGCUAUGCAGGCACCAUGGCAACACAUCUUACUUCAUCUACGUGCAAAGUCCUGGCUGGAAGGAUAUAUUCUAUUCCGUAAUGAAAACAAAGAACUGAAUCCCUGUGACUCGAGACAUGAACACUUUCAAUGUCCAGAGGAGAUGUCAGCUGAUGCCCUGGGGGAGCUUCCAAGGAAGAAAUAUCCAGCCAUGGUCAUCACCUACCUACCAGGAUCUUCAGAAGAGAACAAUUCUACAAAUCCUAAAAUUGUUGCUGUGUUCAGUAUAAUUCACCUAAAGGACAACAUUUGCCAGCAGGAUUCUCAUAUCCUGAGCCAGUACAUGAAAACCUCUAACCAAGGUGUAUUUACAUUGCAGCCCCUGUUCAUAUCCACCUCACCAGAGUCCCAGACAAAUCAUACAUCAUCACAGCCCAUCACUCAAUCCAACAAAAGAUCUACAACUGAUCCACAUUCUUCCAGUCAAAUGGAAGAAACAGAUAAACCACAGCAUCCUGACUCUGUUCAGCAAAGUCAAGUGCUGUCUAGAGAAAAUGAGGCCUAUGUUCAUUCAAGUGAUGCUGCCAGUGAUGAAAAUGUGCCAGGUACUUGUUCAAAGUGUGAAAAAACAACAGUCAUGUAUAAAGAUUUGUGUGCAGAAUGUUACAGGGAGGCAACAGUUGGCACAGAUCCAGUGUUUAUCUCAGAAUCAGGAAACAAAUUAUGUGAUGGACAAAAGCUUCAAGGAGUCGCAAGCAGAUCCGAGUGUCAGGACACUCUUUUGUCGCAAAAUGGUCAUCCAAGUCGAGAUUUCAGUAAUAGUGAUCAAGAUGAAGAAGAGUGUAUUGUAUGUCAGGCAGAACUUUUAGCUUUUGCACUACUGCCUUGUCGUCAUGCCUGUGUGUGUCAGUCAUGUUUUAGGCAGAUAGAUAGAUGCCCCAUAUGUAGGGGCUACAUCGAGUCAUACUUCCGUGUCCGUGGGAGUAACAUGGAGAAUAUAGAAACAGUGGAGGACACGCUCACAGAUUCCGAAAUCUCUUCAGCCCAUGGUAGUAUGUGGGAAAGAAUAAAUAGCAAACUCAACACAUUCUUUGGGUUUUCCUAAUACAUGUAUUUGUGAGUGUAUGAAGUUCUGGCUUGAUUUUUUUUUUCAUGAGUUAUAACUUAAAAAGUAAAUGUAAUUGGAGUUGAUCAAUAGCCAAUCAUUAAAAAAUAAAUUCUUAAAAAGUUAUUUAAGUGAUGUUGAGAGCAAAAUAUAUUCCUUUAUGAACAUGGAACAGUUCUGUGUUGAAAUUGAAUGUUUUGAGACAGUCUGGUCAAGAAAUUGGAACAAAAACCAGUUUUAACUUCUGAAUUUCAAUUUUCUUCCAUACCAUGUUCAGGUACCUCAUGUUAUAAAUGUUCUUCACAGAUUUUACGCUCAAAUGGCAAACUUGUUAUCUUGAAACUAUGAUGACUCAAAGACUCUGCUCAAGACAAAGUAAUCAUUCAGUUCUGACUAAAACUUCUAUGUAAAAUAUUACUGUAUACCUGGUAAUUUUCGGCCCAGGUUAUUUUCGCCCUUGAGCAACACAAAACAUAUUCGCCCUGUUUUAAAUUCGCCCUAAAUGGUUUUCCAGAAAUAUCCUUUUCCUCGUUUGUAAAAUCGAAAAAUUACGUUCGGAAUUCUCAAUACAAGUUGCACUCGGACCACUCGGGACUUAUCGAGUUCCCCGAUUGUCUUACCAGCAUGAGAUGUAAAAUGUGAUCAGGUGUCAAGCAAAGAACGGUUACCUGUGCUCAGAUUUUCUUGAGUCCCUGCUAAUUCAAGUAAUAUCAGGUAUGCAUUGGUGAUUUUAAGCAAACACGAUCAAUUGUAAGUUAACCGCACCGUGACUAAUGACUGACCAGUGUUUUCUCUUGUUCACAUGUACAUACAUGUACAUGAAUGAAAGCCACAAUUAAGCGACGGUGAACUCAUCAAAUUAGUCUUUUCCAUGGCAGGAAUUUGAUGCCACUCUGUGUUUCAUUUUUAUCAUGACUGGACUACAUAAUUUUAAAAAAAAAUGACUGAAUUUUUAAAAUAACUUAGUAUGUAUCGUUUUUAAUUGAAAAUGCUAAGCCUAGUACGUGAUUUUACAGUUAAAAAGUAAGAGGGUAAUUUUGUGAUCUGACUACACUUGUACUAUGGUUUAUAAAUCCUUCAACUCAGCUUGAAAUUUUCGUCUUCAUCUUAAAUUCGCCCUAUCUUCAAAGGGCGAAAAUGGCGAAAAUUAAACGGAGGCGAAAAUUAACAGGUAAAUACAGUAAUAUACUCAAUGACCUUGAUUACUUCAGAUAUUUCAAAAAAAUUUCAUGAUUCCAUUUAACUCAAGAAAGCGAGGUUUGACUGAAUUUGGCUUCUAUGACAUGCUUAUGCCUGUUGGUGUUUAUACAGUAGAAGCUGUAUUAUUCAAUACUUCAAUUUCAAACACCCUCCUCUACCACAUACAGCUGUUUGACUGACUUUUCGCACCUUUGACAAACUUAAGGCAGAAAUGACCUUAAUGACCUUGAAUGAAGGUCAUCCAUAUCAACAGACUUUGUAGUCCUACAUCCUAGCUUGCUAUAGACCUAAUAUCUGGUCUUUGGGGCUCUUGGUUAUUGAGAAGAUGCAGUUUAAAGUUUUAAGCUAUUUGAGACCUGUGAACUUGAAUGAAAGUCAAGGUUAUUUCUGUUAACAUACUUUAUAGUGCUUUAUCCAGGCAUGCUACAGACCUAAUAUUAGGUCUCUGGGCCUCUUGGUUUUGGAGAAGUUGACUUGUAAUGACAUUUUGCAUCGAUAUACAUAAAAAAUUGCAAAAAGAAAUAAAAAGUUGAAAAUUUGGAGACUUUUGGCUUCACAGCAACCUUUUUUGAUUGACCUCUGACCUUCAAACUUUGAUAAGAAAAAGUUAGCCCCAUAUCUACCAAUAAUAUAAGUACAUGACCUCUGUAUAAUGAAUACUUUUUGAGUUAUGGCCAUUUAAAACUUUUUUUUU